AUGCCUGAAACACUUCCUGCAAAAAGCCAGAGAAAGCAAAGUAACCAGGCUCCCAAAUGUGAGGAGGAAGGAAAAAUUCCUCAGAGAGCAGCAAGAAGAGGGAGAAGCAAAGGAGCACAGGAUAAGCUGGCAAUAGAAGGACCAGAAAUUGCAGCUAUUCAGUCUCCAUUAGCCCAAGAGCAGCUCUCUGCACACUGCCCACACCCCAAGCAGACUGGAACUUCACAAAGAAGGAGAGAAUCUGCAGGAUGCCUUGGACAACCCUUUUCCAGGUAUGACUCUGCUGUCCUGUGUGAGAGCUCAAAGAUGGCAGCAGCUGCUCUCUCCAUGCCAAGCAAAGAUGUUGCUCUCCGUAUUAAAGAAAGGGUGAAAGCCCUUCGUCUGAAACAGGAGGAGAUAACCAAGGCUGCUGCAAUAAUUAAUGGGUUCAUUGACCCAUUCAUUAGAUACUUGAAAGAGUAUCCAGAGAGGCCCUACUUUAAGGAGGUGACCAAGUUGACCACGGGCAGCUACUAUGAGUUUGUGAAAAUUGAUCACCCAGAUGAAUUUGACGUAAUGCUGGCUCUGCCGGUUACAUGUUGUGUUCAGUGCACAGAAGUGGAUGGCUACAAUGGUGUCUACUACAAAGUUACUUUACCAAGGAAGUCCCGUAGCUUCCCCACACCUUUCCUGGAAGAUGGGAACACUGUGUCACCUGUGAAAAUCCUGGAGGAAUUCAGGAAACAUGUCAGUCAGUUCAUUGCAUCACACUACAGUGGUAAGCAAGUGUCUUUGACUGCCAGUUUCCAGGUAGUCCUCAUCAAUGUGCAGCGUCAUUCAAAAAAGCAAACAGAAUUUUAG